AACCAGCGGGGGCCUGUGUCAGGAGGGCGUGUGGGAGCAGGGCUGCCAGAUGUCCAACCUGCAGCUUCUCCUCCUGGGGAAAAGUCACUCAGGAAAAAGUGCCACAGGAAACACCGUUUUGGGCAAAGCUGUGUUUGUGUCCAAGUUCAGUGACCAGAUGGUGACUAACACAUGCCAGAGAGAGAGUGUGGCCCUGGAAGGGAGGGAGGUCGUGGUCAUUGACACCCCCUACCUCUUCUCAGCAGCUCGUGCUGAAGACAAGCAGCGAAAUAUCCAGCACUGCUUGGAGCUCGUGGCCCCCGGCCUCCAUGUCCUGCUCCUGGUGGUCCCCAUCGGCUUCUACAUGCGCGAGGAUGAGGAGACAGUCAAGGGCAUCCGGGAGGUGUUUGGGGCUGAGGCCAUGAGACACGUCAUCGUCGUCUUCGCUGGGAAUGAUGAUUUGGGGGAUGACUGCGGGGGCCGAUGCUACGCACUCAACAACCGGGUGGGCCCAGGGCCCCCAUGUCGCAGGUGGCAGAUGCCAGAGGAGAGGCAUCUGCAGGCCACAGGACCUGAGCAGGACCUGGGGAUGUCAGAACUGAAGGUCCUCCUCAUAGGGAAACAGGGUGCUGGAAAAAGUGCAGCAGAAAACAGCAUUCUGGGGAAGCGGGUCUACGAGACCAAAUUCAGCAAGAAGUCAGUAACCCAGAGCUUUUGGUCUGAGAGCAGAAUCUGGAGAGAGAAGAAAGUUUUGAUCAUUGAUACUCCAGACAUCUCAUCUUCAAAGAUUAGGAAACACACCCAUCCUGGUCCCCAUGCCUUCUUGCUGGUGACACCACUGGGGUCCUAUUCCAAGGAAGAUGAGGCAGAGCUAAAAAUUAUCCAGAGAAAUUUUGGAGACAAAUUCACUGAGUAUGUGAUCAUUCUCUUUACCAGGAAAGAAGAUUUAUGGAAUCGGGAUCUAGAUAUGUUCCUAAGAAACAGCAAUAAAGCUUGCUAUGAGUUCAUCCAGAAAUGUAAAAACAGAUACAGUGCCUUCAACUACCAGGCAAUGGGAGAAGAAGAGGAAAGGCAGGUGGGACUCCUACUAAAAGUUGAGAGCUUGGUGCGCAAGAAUGGGAACAAGCCUUGCAUCUUCAGAGAAAAAGAAGCCCUGAGCAUUGUCCUCAUGGGUGGGAGUGAGACUGGAAAGAGUGCCACCAGGAACAUUGUUCUGGGCUGUUCUGCCUUCCCCUCUCAACUCUGAGCCCAGCUGGCUACCAAGAUGUGUGAGAGCCUCAGGAUGACGUGGGACGGGCAGGAUGUUGUGGUUGUGGACACUCCGUUCAGCCACACGUCUGGUGUUGAAAAGGAUCCAUCCCUGUUAGAAAAGGAGGUCAAUUACUGUUUGUCCUGCUGUGAAGAAGGGAUCAAAACUUUUGUUCUGGUGUUGCAGCUGGGACGGUUCACUCAAGAGGACCAAACAGUGGUGGCGGAACUGGAGGCCAUCUUUGGAGCGGAAGUUAUGAAAUAUAUGAUUGUGCUCUUCACCCGGAAGGAAGACUUAGGGGAAGGGAGGUUUGAAGAUUAUGUCAAGAACACAGAUAACGAAGCCCUUAAGUGCAUAAUUAAAAAGUGUGGAGAGCAAGUUCGUGCUUUUAAUAACU